CGCUCAGUUAUUCCCAAACGCAAACCCUUUGUGACGCGGUGAAUAAAGAACGUUGUUAACGUUCCUUCCGUACUGUUGACACAGGUCUACAAACACGCUCCCCAAAAGUUCCAACAGGUGUCAUCGGGGAUGGUGAUGAGGACAGACGUGUGAAGGGCGUGCUCAAAGUUGAAGCAGCCUACUGUCCUCCACCGUCCUCAUGGCUGAAGAGAUCAGGAGAAUAGCUGCUCUGCUAGAUCAGCCACUGAGUGAGAGAGACCAGGAACUCAUCACUUACGUCAAGCACAAGUUUGCCACAGACUUCAAAAAAGAACACAGUUACUUCCCUGAGAAGGUUGUUACCCGCAGUGACACACAGUAUGGCCUCGUACAAAAUGGCCAGGCCAGGAAGAACUACUACAGGAGACAGGAGCUGCUCAGGAAAGGCUUUUUCUCCCCUGUCAACAAACCAUACAAAACAGUGGGAAGACUUUACUCUGACAACGUUGAUCUCUUCUCAACCUGGCUCACAUCAGAGGACCAAAAGUCACUGAAGACACAGUGGGACAAGAAGUUUGGAAAAAAUACAGUGAUCUCCAGCAAAUUCACUCAGGAGAAGACUAAAAAGGAGGAGAACGUCAGAGCCCCUCCAGUGGAGAACCUGAAUGGUUUCCUUCAGCUGAAGCAGUACAUGAGAGAGAUGGUCUCCAUCAGACGUGCUCUCCACACUGGGCGCCCCCUCAUAUAUUGCCUCAGAGACCAGGAUAAACCAUUAUUGCUCAUGAAGAAACCUGUGCCUCCCAAAACACCAUGUGACCGAGCCAUAUCAGGUUGGUCACCUAAAGCACAAUCCAGAAUGAAUUACAGUGCUCUACUACGGAGACAUUCUACUAUGCUGACCACAUGCUCACCCUCCGAUCCUUCUGUCUCCUCAGCUGAUAAAGAGACUAUACCACCACUGUCCAUGUACCAACAGGCACUGGACCCAGAGGAAGAGGAGAACCUACAGAGGAUACAGUACAGGAAGCAGAAGCUGUUCUCAGAGAAACUCCAGUGGAUUUACAUGGUCCUGUGUGGCAUCUCUCACAUGCGAAACAGAGAUCUGAAGACACUGGUUCCUCUCAACAGCAGCUAUGUGAACAUCAUCAUGAAGGACACAGAGAAGACCAACAUCCUGCUGAAGCAGUCGCACAGCUACAACCCUCCGUUGAAUUACACCAGGCAGCUGGUGUCCCUGGCCCCAGAGGACUGUCACAGCAUCAGCCGUGACGUGUGGGACACCUUCAUCAGUCACCAGGACACCACAGAGCCCUCGAAGUUAACCACCACCCGAACCACAGGAUAUAAAGCUCUGCAGUCGGGGCCCAGGCGCAAGGUGCCAGACGGAGAUGGAUACAUGCCCCCAUGGCUGCUACUGCUGCUGGAUGAGAACACGUCCCUAGAGAAGAAAACAGUAAAGCCUGGUGUAGACCAGUCAGGCAUGCUGGAGAGAGCCAAGGAGCAUUACCGGGAUGUGAAGAAGGUUCUGAACAUCCCAAUGGAGUCAGUAGUGUUUCAAAAGAGAAAGAACCGAGAGGAGAGGAUGAGAACUCUUUUCAAUGCUCUAAUGGCCUCAAAGUCCGACGCUGGUCUGUCCUCACUCCUUAUCUCUGUGAAGAGUGGGCUGAAGGAGCCCAAAUCCACCACUGGUCUCUGGUUUGCGACACUGCAGAGUGAUGCCACAGAAUUGUCUGGAGACAGAGACUCCCAAUACAACGUCAUACUGCAGAAGAUCUCAGAGUUUCAAAGCUUCUCCAACAAAAAGCUCCCCUACUCCAAGGAGAAGUUCUGUCUCCUGGUCCUCUCCAUGUCACCCAAUCAGCUGCUUCGACCGGCCAUGCAGGAAGCACUGCUCUUCCUCACGGAGAACGUGCUGCUGUUGUUGCCGCGGCAACUCAAACAGUGGUACCAGUACCUGAAGCUCCCCUUCCCCACCACGGCAACCGCCUCCUGAAAAAGAAAAGGGAUCCGCCUACUUGCACUGGUGCUCUCUCUGUUCUUCACUACCUGUCUACAAUGUGGGCCUGGGACUUACAGGCCUGGGUUGAGUCUGAAAUGGCUCCUUCUCCUCAACAUAGACGUGGGAUAGCCAGUGUUGGGGGUUCAGGUCGAGACGAUCUGUUAACUGUUGAUACAUUAAAACAUGUUCAAAAAGAUUAAA